AUGAAUAAAUUGAGCAAAGUAUAUAGGUCCUAUAGCAACAUCAUGAGAGUAUGGAAUGAAUCUGAAAUAUUAAUUGAUAGAAAAUCAAAAUUUCAAGGUCGUAGUUGUGCAGUAACUGACCAGUCAGAUAUCCCGAAGUUAUUAAAUGAGCUUGUUCAAAGUAAUAAGAGUGUAUCAAAGGCAUCACAUAUGCAUAUGUACGCAUGGAGGACAGGGGAAAUAACGAAAAAGAAUGACAAGGAAACCAAGAAGCACUCGAAACAGAAUAAGAAACAAAAUAAGGAGGAAUCCGUAACAAUAAAAAACAUACAACAAGGGUGUGCAGAUUGUGGCGAGGCUGCUGCUGGUCAGCGACUUCUGACAUUAUUGGAGAGAGCUAACGUAGUUAACGUUUUAGUAAUCGUUACUAGAUGGUAUGGUGGUACUCCAUUAGGAUCUUCCAGAUUCAGACAUAUCUCAUCAGUUGCAGUUGAAAGUUUGAAAAAGGGAGGAUUUCUUCCAUAG